AUGGCUGUUCCAAUCCCAACAACCCUGGCACAUAGUGCUCCUGUAGACCCUGAUCAGGAGCCGCACAGUUCGAACACAUCCAACGUUGCGGUUGUUCCUCCCAUGGAACAAUGCUCACGAGAGAGCACACUGACUCGACGAAGCGCUGCUUACAGUGAAAGACGAAGUUCUACUGCUGUCUACGACGAACAGAUAGCUGAAAGAAAACGAUUGGAAGCUGAGGAGGCAGAGAGGGAAAGAUAUGAGGAAAUGGAAAUUAGACGUAUUAAAGAGGAAAAAGCGCGGCGAGAAGCAGAGAAGGAACGGAAGCAAAAAGAAGAAGAGCAAUAUAGAGAACAGGUGAAUUCAGCAUAUUAUUACUCCGUAAUGAAUUGAGG